AUGCCGCUCCGCUGCGAGUGCCCUCGUUGCCGCAAGCUGGUUGUGCCCAGCAUUGCCUUCGAUCCCCACGAGCUGCCGCUUGGGGGCUUGGCCAGCCAGUGCCCUUACUGCCACAAGCCCAUCAGGGUGAUUCGAACCUCGGAGAAGCGUGUGGAGUCAGCGAUCAGCUGCGUGACGGUGGCUGGAUCCGUGGCCCUGUGCACCGCGUCCUUCGCCCACCUUGCAGUUCCAGCAGGUUUAGCACCGGCUGUGUGUGCAGUCACUGCCGCCCAGGACAUGCUGCUGGGCACGGUCCGGAAGGACCCCUGGAAGCGCCGCGCUGGCGCAUUGGGACUUCUCUCUGCAGGCUGCACAGUGAGCCUCGCAGCGGCAGACAAGGUGCGCGUGGUGGGCCAGGCCAGCAUCGGCCGGCUCGGCGGCCAGACCGCUUUCGUCUACACGCGCCGGGGCCUGGAGAAUGCCAAGAGUGCAGUUUCGGCACGGAAUGCUGCGAAGAACGCAGCUGGACACUGGCUGCGUCUGAAGGCCGGUGCGAAGAGCAUCUACGAGGUUGGGCUGUCUUUCUGGCCCCCACCGCCUCCCGCCGAGUUGCCCGUGCGGGAAAUUGAGCUUCAGGUGUUUCGGUCGGCGGAGCCGCAGCCAGAGGAGCCAAGGCAGGACAUGCUGGCAGCAGAGACCGUUGACGAUGACGGCUGGCAGGUGUUGCCAGCUGACGCAGCGAAUAUCUUGAGGCAAGAGGAGCUGUCUCUGUGCGGGAAGUACGACGCCAGGGAUGAGUGGCUGCUGCUGUCCGACACAACCUCCCAACUGCGCUUCUCGGCCCAGUGCGGUGCAGAGGCAAACUGCGCGGCACUGAGGGCUUGA